AUCAAGAGAUUUUGCCUGCCACCUGAUGCAAAAGUUAUAUACAAGGAUGCAACAGGGACAGAAGUUGAUGCAGAAAUAUUCAGCGACCUCGUUGGACAAGGCAAUGUGGUGCUGACAGUAUUCUCAGAUCAGGGUGAGAUAUCAAGGCAGGUAUUAUAAAGCACUUGACAUAAUAUAAUUAUUUGCAUUUUUUCUAUUCCUUUAGAAUUCUCUAAUUUCUCCUUGUCUUCUGCUUCUGAGACGUCUGACUCAAGCUUCAGCUCAAGUGCAUCAACUAUAAUCCUAGAUGAUGUCCCUAGCAAGAGACAAAGAAUUGAGGUAUACACGUGAUGCUGUGUCUACUGAACAGGUUUCUUAAUGCUUUCACAUUUUUUCACUCUGAGUCUCUAGAAAAGCUAUUUAUCACCAUGUUUUGUAUUCUAAUGUUUUUGUUUUUUAUUAGUUGAUUGAAGCUGUGCUAACAUUUACAUUACAUUUUAGUCAUUUAGCAGACGCUCUUAUCCAGAGCGACUUACAGGAGCAAUUAGGGUUAAGUGCCUUGCUCAAGGGCACGUCGACAGAUUUUUCACCUAGUCGGCUCAGGGAUUAGAACCAGCGACCUUUCGGUUACUGACACAAUGCUCUUAACCACUAAGCUACCUGCCGCCCCACUGCUAAGAGGCAAGUCUGGGGGUGAAGAAGUACUACAGGAGUACCAAACAACAGAAACCCUAACAGAUGCUGCAAGAAUAAAAAUGGUUAACAUCCUGGUGGCUCACAUGAUUGACAAUCAUGGGUAUGUUUGUUUCACAUUGUUUUUAUUUGUGCCAAAUAACUGCAUGGCCAUUGCAUAAAUAUACUAAUUGAAUAUCUCCUCUCAGGCACCGCCCCACUAAAGCAAUCAGUAGAUUAUACACGUGGGAUAGUGAUGUUGUUCCCUUCCCUCAAGGAUCCAUACUCCAAGAAGGGCUAUGUAAUAGGCAUUAUUAUUGUUAACUCUUUCAUGUUAUGUUGUGACACAAAACUGUGUGGACGACAUUGAUAUUUGAAUUCUGUGAGAUUUCUCAUGAGCCUGGUAUGACAACGCAUUUCUUUUCUUUUUUUCAUUUCAGGAACACUUCUAUGAUGCUGCAAGCAGCACAGGAUACAUUUCUUGGCAUCUGAAAACAGUCCAGAGGAAGAUUCGUCGAGGAUCUGCACUGCCACCAAAUAGCCCAAUUGACUUUUCUCCAGGGGGCCCAAAUUUCCAAAGGACUGUUAAUGUUGAAAGGCAGCUUGAUGGUGAUGCUUGCCAAGAGGCCAUGUCUUUGCUCAACCAUACCCCAAAGACAAUUCCCUGAUUUUCUAGAAGAUGAGAGAGACCUUUCAGCACCAUCAGAAGCUCGUUAAUGACCCAGGCAGAAGUGUUGAUAUCCUCUCCAGCUUCCUGGAUACAAAGGGAUUGGUAAAUUUGGGAUGAGAUGUUUAGAAUGGCUUGAAAUUUGAAAGUAUUUCCUGAAGUAGUAGUAGUAGUUUCAUAUCUUCUUUCUUAAAAGGUGGACCAAGACUUCACUCUCCUAUUUGAUGACGACACAUCCUCCAGGCUUCUUCAGAAAUGGGAUUUGUUCUUCAAGCCAAAUGUCAUAAAAGAGGCUAAGCGGCUCACCUAAACACCAGAGUUGCGUCGCUUGGUGCAGUCAGCAGAAAGUCCCCCAGGAAGUGAUCUUGAUAAGGCAACGAGUUUAUUUUUUAUUUUUUUAUUUAAAUAAAUCUGCUAUAAUUGCAGUUAAACUAUAACUGCAAUAAUAUUUCAUUUUCAGUUUAUUCAAUUCAGUUUAUUCUGUGUAUCUCUGAACGUUGAUCUGAUUUUUGGGAUAAAUGUGACUAAUAGACAGAUGACGGUUUAAAACAUUCUCAUAAUGCCUCCCUGUUCUCAUUCAAACUUGAAAAGUAUUACAUUUGAAGAGUUUUCAGUUAAUUCUUGUGACUUUGUCCUCAGCCCAUGACCAAGAAAUGGCUUCCCUGUUACAUCUCCUUCCACCACCUCCAGGGGGACUGAAGUCUCCAAAAAUUAGAGCAUGUGAUGCAGUUGAGAGACUUGUUGUCUUUCAU